AUGUCACUAACCGCACAAUUCUCACCGCCGGUCACCGGAAUAACCAGAAGCCUACGGAGAACAACCUCUCCACCUUCCAGCAACCGUAUAUCUCCGUUUCACCGUGAAAUUCGAACGCCGGCGAUGAUCUGUGCGAGGAAAUCACCGUAUCUUGUAGCUAAGGCAAUCGAACAGAGCCGAGACACAGCUGGAUCCGAAUCCGAGCAGGAGGCAACUCCGUCACCUGGGGAGAACGGGAAGGGAGAAAAGGAGGUGGAGAUAAGCGCGUUGGGAGCGGAGAUAAAAGCGGCGAUGGAGCAGAGGAAAGCGGCUGCGGAGGCGGAGGAGGGGAAAGGGAAGAGCGAGUUUCUGAGUGGAGUGGCGGAGGAAGUUAGGGAGAUUGAGUGGCCGGCGUUUCAGAAAGUGGUUGGGACUACGGGCGUCGUGCUUGGUGUCAUCGCUGGUUCGAGCGUGGUUUUGUUAACCGUUAAUUUCCUUUUGGCUGAACUUUCUGAUCGUGUGUUUAUUGGGAGAGGUGUUCAAGAUUUUUUCAGUUGA